AUGGUGUCACUCGACGAGGUACAUCAGAAUCACGCCAGUCUGAAAGACUACGGCCCCAAUCUCGUGGCUGUCUUUGUCGGCGGCACUAGCGGAAUCGGCGAAGCAACCGCCUGGGCAUUUGUACGAGAAACGCUUUCUCCACGAGUAUUUCUAGUCGGGCGCAAUGAGUCCCAGGCAUCAUCGAGGAACUACGUCAGCUGA